AUGUCUACCAGACUGGCCCGAUACAAAGGCAAAGUCCUUGAAUUGAACAAUGGCUAUAUCAUGCCUGCGCUCGGGCUGGGUACAUUCCAAGAUCCUGACGAACAGGAAACGGCGGUCUACACGGCGUUGAAAUGCGGCUACCGCCAUAUAGACACGGCGUAUUUCUAUGGUACCGAAAGGCAGGUCGGUCGGGGUAUAAGACGCAGUGGCGUCCCUCGGGAAGAGAUCUUUCUCACCACCAAGCUCUGGAACAACGCGCAUCACCCGGAUGAUGUGGAACCUGCGCUUGAUGAGUCCUUGAAGGCUCUGGGUACCGAUUACGUCGAUCUGUACUUAAUGCACUUCCCGUGUGCCUUCAAACGGGGUCCAGAGCUGCUACCCUUCGAUGAGAAUGGCAAGUUGAUCCCGGAGCCGUCGAUACACUUCGUCGACACGUGGAGGGCGAUGGAAAUGCUCGUAAAAGCAGGCAAGGCGAGAGCCAUUGGGGUAUCCAACUUCAGCAAGGCCGAGAUCGAGCGACUCCUAGAAGAAGGGAGCGUGGUUCCAGCCGUUCACCAAAUGGAGAUGCACCCGUACUUGCAGCAACCCGAGUUUGCCAGCUGGCUGAACGAGAAGGGCAUUCGCAUCGUCCAGUUCAGCCCCUGCGCGAAUCUGAACCCUUUCUAUAGUGAAGCAUCAAGGGCGAAGGAUAGUGCGAGGAUGACCCGCCUAGUCCACCACCCGGUCAUGCUCGAAGUCGCGAAGAAACACGGCCGGUCGGCGAUCCAGAUCGCGCUCGCCUGGGCGAUUCAGAAUGGGCGCUCCGUGAUCCCAAAGAGCACAAUAGAGUGGCAGAUCAGGGAGAAUGCGGAGGCGGGGCUGAUUACCCUUGACCAAGAGGACCUCGACAAGAUUGAACGACUGGACUGCAAGGCCCGAUUUAAUGACCCGAGUGUGAAGUUUGGCUACAAGCUGCACAGUGGUCUGGAUGGAGCAGCUCCGUAG